GUUGGGUGUUUGUAACACAGAUAUGGACAUGAUCUAUGUCUUAUCUGGUUGGGAAGGGUCAGCAGCAGACUCUAGAAUCUUGCGCGAUGCUAUUACUAGGACAAAUGGGCUAAAAAUUCCCACUGGUUCGUAUUACCUUGUUGACGCCGGCUACACAAAUGCAGAAGGAUUCUUAGCUCCAUACAGAGGAAAGCGUUACCAUUUGAAAGAAUGGGAUGGUCCAGCUCCUCAGGACCAUGAGGAGUACUUUAAUAUGAAACAUGCUCAAGCCCGUAACGUCAUUGAGAGGACUUUUGGUUUGUUAAAAAUUCGAUGGGCUAUUCUUAGGAGUUACUCAUUCUUCCCCAUUAGAACGCAAUGUCGUAUUGUUACGGCAUGUUGUCUAGUCCAUAAUCACAUUAGAAAAGAGAUGAGUGUUGACCCACAUGAACAUGAACUUGAUAACCUCGAAGAGGAAGAUAAUGAUGAUGACUACAUUGAUACAGUGGAGACAUCGGGUCAAUGGACUGACUGGAGGGAUGCCUUUGCACAACAUAUUUAUCAAGAGUGGCAAGAACGAAGGGGCCAUGGUGGCAAUUAGAGUGCCCUUAUCCAUUUGUAACAUCAUGUCAUUAAUCAUGUAUUUGUUUUUAAGACUUUAUUGGUGGCUUUGAUCACGUACUAUUUGUACGACUUUAUGUAAUUCUUUGAAUACUUAUUUGUGGGUUUGAUGUCAUAUUUGGUUUUUGGACUUUAUUUGGGGUUUUUAUCAUGUAUUUGUUUGUGAGACUUUAUUUGUGACUUUGAACACGAAUUUGUGGACAUUGAUGUGCUUUAUUGUGUAAAAAUGAAUGUGGGCAUUGAUUAUAUUAGGGAUGGAGAAGCCUACUAAGUCUCGUAAGAAGGGAGGGAAGGCAAAGGAGGGAGGGAAUGCCGAAGAAAACGCUGCUGAUGCAGUUAGGCGUUCAUGGAAUCAAAGGGAGGAAGAUGCACUUCUUAAUGCAAUGAAGGAAAUGGUUGUCAAAGGUGAAAGAAUUGAAAAUUCUUUCAAGUCUGGCUAUUUGAGGAAAGUUGAGGGAAUGUUACUUGUGGCUUUGCCUGGCACUAGCAUUCGUGCUAGUCCUCAUAUUUCGUCUAAGUUGAAGGUUUGGAAAAAAAACUAUUACUCUGUCAAGGCUAUGCGUGGCUCUAGUGGGUUCGGAUGGAAUGACUCAACACAUAUGAUAGAAGUAGUGGAUGAUAAAAUUUGGGAGGACUACUACAAGACAGACAAUAAUGCGUCAGGGCUAAGGUUCAAGUCAUUCCCUUACUAUGAAGAUUGGUGCAUGAUUUUUGGGAAUGACAGAGCAACGGGAGAGAUGGCUGAGAGUGCAGCUGAUAUGGUUGAGAACUUAGAUGAGGCUUCCAAGGAAGCCGGUGGUGAUUCAACCACGGUGAACACAAUUGACAAGUCACCUGAAGAGCAGUCAAAGAAAAAGGCUAAGGUUUCUGAGAACAUCUUGGCUGGAAUGAAUAAUUUCGCUGACAAGUUAGGGAUAUAUUUUGAGAGGUCUGAUGCUAAGAUUGAGAUGCUUGGAAGUAGGAUGGGUUAUGCACAUGACCUCUCAAAGAAAAGAGCCGAAGUUAAUGACGCACUUAGGAAACUUCCAAUCACAGUUGAGUCUAGGGUCCUUGCCGGAAUGGCAAUCACCCAAGAUGCACAAAAGGUUGAUCACUUUUUCAGCCUUGAUGAUGAGGAAAAAAUGAUAAUGGUGAAGAAGUUGUGCGGUGAAGAAGUUGUGUGACUUGUGUCCUUAAAUUUCAAGUCUAGUUGGAACAAAAACUUAAAACUAUGUUUAAUUUUAGCUUUUGUUGGUCAGUAUGGGGUGCACUUUUAACAAAUGUGACGCCUUUUGUGAUGCACUUUUGGAACAGGAGCAUAAC